GUGGAGGUUUCGUACCAUAUGCGCUGGGUUGCGUGCGGAUGUGGUCGGCCGGAGCCUGCUGAGGCGGACGCGGAGGGACGAUCCCACAGCGCCCGCAGCCGCCGCCAUGGGCAAGAAGCAGAAGGGCAAGAGCGAGGACAGUGCCAAAGAUGAUAUUGACAUCGAUGCUCUUGCAGCUGAAAUAGAGGGUGCAGGUGCUGCAAAGGAGCAGGAACCUCAAAAAUCUAAAGGCAAAAAGAAAAAAGAAAAAAAGAAACCAGAGUUUGAUGAAGAUGAUAUCCUGAAGGAGUUAGAAGAACUGUCAAUAGAGACACAAGGAGGCAAAGCUGACAAAGAACCUUCUACGGCUGAGAAUGACAACGAAGAAAUCAGCCUCUCAAAACAAGACAAAAAAAAGAGAGGGAAGGGUAAAAAAGCCAGUUUUGACAAUGACUUUGACAGUGAAGACAUGGAGGAUAAAGAUACGAAAGCUAAAAAGACUCAGAAAACAAAAACAGAAGCACUCUCUUGCAGCGAUGAUGAUGAUUUUGAAUCUUUGCUUAAGAAGGGCAAAGGAAAAAUGCAAAAAUCAAGUAAAAAGCAGGACCUUUCAGAAGAUGAAGCUAACAGUAAGAAAAGUAAAGAGCAUGCGCAGGCAGCAUCCACCGGCGAGAGUGGUGACGAAUCGGAUGAGUUCUCCCGAUCUAAAAAGGGACAAAAGAAAAACCAAAAGGCAAAGCCCAGUCCUGUUGCUGAAAGUGACGAUGAGGAAGAGGAGCCUACAUUCAAAGUAAAAACAAUGGCUCAGAAGAAGGCAGAGAAAAAAGAGCGUGAAAAGAAAAAACGUGAGGAGGAGAAGGCCAAACAGAGAAAACAGAAGGAGAAGGAAGAAACAGAAGGUGGUAAAGAACAGACAAAACAGAAGGAAGUUCCAAAGAAAGGUGAAGAGAUUUCUUCUGACACUAUGACAGCUCCUGCCACAGGAGAGGCUCCUACGACAGCAGAAGCAGAUGACAAUGAGGGGGACAAAAAGAAAAAAGACAAGAAGAAAAAGAAGGUUGAGAAAGAAGAGAAAGAGAAGAAAAAAGGUCCCAGUAAAGCUACAGUGAAAGCAAUGCAAGAAGCCUUGGCUAAGAUGAAAGAAGAGGAGGAAAGGGCAAAAAGAGAAGAGGAAGAGCGUUUAAGACGACUUGAGGAGCUAGAAGCUAAACGCAAAGAGGAGGAACGAUUGGAACAAGAAAGGAAGGAAAGGAAGAAACAAAAAGAGAAAGAGAGGAAAGAGCGUUUGAAAAAGGAGGGAAAGCUUUUAACAAAAUCCCAGCGUGAGGCUAGAGCCAGAGCAGAGGCUACUCUUAAACUACUCCAAGCUCAGGGUGUUGAAGUGCCAUCCAAAGAUUCAGUGCCAAAGAAGAGGCCAAUUUAUGAAGAUAAGAAGAAAAAGAAGCAACAGCAGCAACAGGAAAGCAAAGAAGAAACUGUGGAGGUGACUUCCCCACCUGAAGAAGUUGCAGAACCAGACAUACCAGUACAAGAAGAGACACCACCUCCUGAAGAACCAGUUUUAGAAGAAAAAGAGGAAGAGGAAGUAGAAGACACUGGUUUGGAUGACUGGGAAGCCAUGGUCAGUGAUGAAGACAGAGAAAAAGAAAGCAAACCUGUCCACAUAGAAGUCAAGGAAUCUAAUGACUUGCAAGAGGAGGACGAGGAGGAGGAGGAGGAGGAGGAUGAUGAUGAUGAGGAAGACAGUGAAGAAUCUGAAGAGGGAGAAAGCGAGGGGAGUGAUGAUGAAGAUGAAAAGACUUCAGAUGAGAGAGAAACAGAGUCUCGAGCUAUUGGGAAACAAGCUGUAGAGAAAAAGCGGGGUAAAGAAAUAAGCUCUGAUUCUGAAUGUGAUUCUGAUGAUGAUCGAUCUAAGGAGGAGAGGGCCUAUGACAACGCUAAACGGAGAAUCGAGAAACGACGUGCUGAAAACAGCAAAAAUGUAAACACUGAAAAGCUAAGAGCACCUGUUAUCUGUGUACUUGGACAUGUAGACACAGGAAAGACCAAAAUUUUAGAUAAGCUUCGUCAUACUCAUGUACAAGACAGUGAAGCAGGUGGUAUCACUCAGCAGAUAGGGGCAACUAAUGUUCCCCUUGAAGCCAUUAAUGAACAAUCAAAGAUGGUGAAAAAUUUUGACAGAGAUACCGUAAGGAUUCCUGGAAUGCUGAUAAUUGAUACUCCUGGACAUGAGUCUUUCAGCAAUCUAAGAAAUCGAGGAAGCUCACUUUGUGAUAUUGCUAUUCUUGUGGUUGACAUCAUGCAUGGUUUGGAGCCACAGACAAUUGAGUCUAUAAACUUGCUGAAAUCGAAGAAAUGCCCUUUUAUAGUAGCUCUCAACAAGAUUGAUAGGUUAUAUGACUGGAAAAAAAGCCCUGAUACUGAUGUAGCAGUCACUUUGAAGAAGCAGAAAAAGAACACGCGAGAUGAAUUUGAAGAACGUGCAAAAGCAAUCAUAGUGGAAUUUGCAAAACAGGGCUUGAAUGCUGCCUUGUUUUAUGAGAAUAAGGAUCCCCGCACUUUUGUUUCUCUGGUACCUACCUCUGCUCACACUGGAGAUGGCAUGGGCAGUCUGAUAGUCCUUCUUGUUGAAUUGACACAAACUAUGCUAACCAAGCGACUGGCACAAUGUGAAGAGCUGAGGGCUCAGGUUAUGGAGGUUAAAGCACUUCCAGGUAUGGGUACUACCAUAGAUGUAAUUUUGAUUAACGGACGUCUGAAGGAAGGAGAUACCAUUAUUGUCCCUGGAGUGGAAGGUCCUAUAGUAACUCAGAUUAGAGGUCUUCUGCUACCUCCUCCUAUGAAAGAAUUGCGAGUUAAGAACCAGUAUGAAAAACAUAAAGAGGUGGUUGCAGCCCAGGGGGUAAAGAUCCUUGGGAAGGACUUGGAGAAGACGUUGGCUGGUUUGCCAUUGCUUGUGGCUUACAAAGAGGAUGAAAUUCCUGUUCUCAAAGAUGAAUUAAUACAUGAACUGAAGCAAACAUUAAAUGCUAUCAAGUUAGAAGAGAAAGGAGUUUAUGUCCAGGCCUCUACUUUGGGUUCUUUGGAAGCAUUACUUGAAUUCCUUAAAACAUCAGAAGUGCCAUAUGCUGGAAUUAAUAUAGGUCCUGUCCACAAAAAGGAUGUAAUGAAGGCAUCAGUUAUGUUGGAGCAUGAUCCCCAAUACGCUGUAAUUCUGGCAUUCGAUGUGAGGAUCGAACGGGACGCUCAAGAAAUGGCUGAUAGCUUAGGAGUUAGAAUUUUUAGUGCAGAAAUAAUUUAUCACUUAUUUGAUGCCUUUACAAAAUACAGGCAAGACUACAAAAAACAGAAACAGGAAGAAUUCAAGCAUAUAGCAGUAUUUCCUUGUAAGAUGAAAAUACUCCCUCAGUUUAUUUUCAAUUCCCGUGACCCAAUAGUGAUGGGCGUACUUGUGGAAGCUGGCCAGGUGAAGCAGGGGACUCCCAUGUGUGUCCCUAGCAAAAACUUUGUGGAAAUUGGAAUAGUUACAAGCAUAGAAAUAAAUCAUAAACCCGUGGAUGUUGCAAAAAAAGGCCAAGAAGUCUGCAUUAAAAUAGAACCGAUUCCUGGUGAAUCACCUAAAAUGUACGGACGACACUUUGAAGCAACAGAUAUCCUUGUCAGUAAGAUCAGUCGUCAGUCCAUUGAUGCUCUGAAGGACUGGUUUAGAGAUGAAAUGCAGAAAUCUGACUGGCAGCUUAUUGUAGAGCUGAAGAAAGUAUUUGAAAUCAUCUAGAAAAUUUUUAAACAAUGGGCAGGCUGGAAUAAACUCACUAUUCCUAUUGUGAAAAUCACCAACAAAGUCAAAAUAUUGAAGAUGCUGUUGGACUUAUGUUUUGGGAGGAAAAUAAGUUGAUAAAUGUUUUCCAUGAGAAACCAAGAAACUUACACUGGUUUGACAGUGGUCAAUUUACAUGUUCCCACGGUUCCAAUGUGCCUGUUCACCUUCCCUUAUACUGGCUGCUGUUUUAAAGUUUGCCCUUCUUCCUUCCAUGUUCUCCCCCCAAAUAAAAAUUUUUAUUACAGAACUAAAACUCUUUCACUUUUAUACUGAUGAAACCAGUACUGCAGUAUUGAUUAACCAAGCUUCUGCAGACUUUGAUUCUUGGAUGUUUUUGAUGUAAGAAAUACUUCUUUAUUUAUGCAUACCUCUUCCUUUUUUUUCCGUCUCUCUCCCCUCAGCAUUCUCUUAUGCGUUGUGCCUAUAGACAUUUUUUAAAAUAGAAAAUUAGGUAAUUAGAUUUCUGUAUUUGCUUUGUGUGAAACAAUGUAAAGCAUUAGCUGGCCACCUUUUAUUGCUUGUACAGUUCAUGAAAAAUCAACUUUAACCUGUAAUCAUUACAAUGCAGAGCCACAAAUAAAGGAAAUGGACGCUC